ACCCAGUCAUGAAUAUUCGUCCAGCAUGUGGGGAAUGCCGAUCGCUACAAAUAUCGACUCACCAUUGCCACUGCUGGAAGCAUCUCGCGUAUCUGUUCCUUCUCCUCCUCAGGCCGAACGUUGAUCCGAGCCAGAAACUGUCUUCACGAGUAUCUCCACUAGCUAGUAGAGCAGCUGUGCGCUUUCUCAGUGUUCAUGGAUAAUGACCAUCUGUAGAGUGAUAUCUCCCGUCGAUAGCUUGAACGGCAAGCAUGGAGGAUAGCGAACAACAUGGAGGACGUUUCCAGACGAGUCAACAAGAUGAACGUGACUAUGAGUGUUGGUUCGGCCCUACAGAUCCUUGCAGUAUUUGCGAUACGACUGAUGAGUGUCAAGGUCACCUUGAUGCUGCUUCAUAGGGCAGUUUUCACCAUUCAUUGUCCAUCAAGUAAUGUAGUAGGGGAGGGCAGGACGGUAGGCAGGAUGCGACGUCGCAAGCCGUCCAUGGUCCGUUGUCUUGCGCACCAAACAAGUGAUCACUAGCAAAAUCUUUGAGUGGCAUAUUUGGUCUGCUUUUGACUGGUGAAAUCCCAGCCUAGAAAGCAAUGUCAGACCAUGUGGCUGCGACGCGGUACCCUCCCUUUGCUCCCGCUACGCUUUUGCAGAUGCUUCUGCGGACAGCGCACAGCGAUCCUACUUGAAGCGACAUCUCUGCCACCGUUUUUGACUUGCGGACUAAACAAUUAAACCGUGUAUUAUGGCUCGACUACACGGAGAUCAGCCGUCAACAAAGUCAACACGAGCGACGUAGCAACCAACUAGUAGGGCUCGUUCACGUUAAAUUGUACGCACCGCCUGCAGACAGUCCUCACUAAAACACCUACAUUUACAAUGUUAACUUUCCUCCAUGGAAUACUCAUU